AUUGGGCGCGUCCGCCGGGGGCUGCUACCGCCUCCUGCGCCCGGAAGGACGCCCCUGCCUUGCGCCGCGCGCUGCUUCACUCCCGGACAGAAUGUUUUGGAUUCCUAAUGUUGCCAGUCGCUGUUUCAGGAACUGAGGAAAUAAUGGGGAAAAGGAAAAAUAACUGACCAAGAAGGUCUCGCGGCAUUGGCCUGUGCCCCCAUGUGUCAGGGGUGGUGUGGACCACUUUCUUUUGAUUUUUCAACAAAACUGGACUAUGAAGUGGCAAAAGUCUCUAGGAAGCAGGAUGCCAGUGUCUCUGAGAAAACUCUUCUUUUUGACUGGUGUAAUGACUGCUGGGGGCUGUACCCUUGUGUAUUACCUCAUACAAAAAACUUUUUCUAGGGCUUCCUAUUACCAGUUGGCAUUAGAGCAGCUGCAUAGCCACCCGUCAGCACUGGAAGCCCUGGGCACUCCGCUCAAUGUACACUAUCUCCAACUCACUGACAAGUACAACUUUGUGGACAUUGCUGAUGCCCAGUUGAAGAUUCCUGUCUCUGGAUCCAAGUCAGAGGGCCAUCUCUAUGUCACAUCAUCCCGAGAUGCUCCCUUUAAAAGGUGGCACCUUAAGGAGGUUGUCUUACAGCUCAAGGAUGGUCAGCAGAUUCCCGUGUUCAAACUCAGUGGAGAGAAUGUUGAUGAAGUGAAAAAGUAGUGGAGGUGAUCAAAAUGAUCCAACUUUCUCCAAAUAUGGCCUUCCUACACAACCACUAUAACCCUCAUGGACCAAUUUUCUAGCCACUGAGGGGGAUGAUUGCAUAUGCUGGCCUGAGGUAACUUUGUUAUAGUUCGAAUUUGAUCAUAGCUAUUUGUAGGCUGUCAAAUUUAAUCAGAAAUUUUUCAACUUUAAAAGAAUUUAUUUAAAGUUCUCUGUGUAAAGUCAAAGCACAGAAUAAAAGGAAUCAGCAUUAAUGUUUGUUGAAUUUUGAUGGCUCCUAUGUCUCUUUUCUUUUCCUGUUUCCACUUAGUUUUCAUCUCCAUUUUUUUUCUUUUCCUUUAUAAUUGUAAAAUGUUAAAUCAAGUUUGAACCAUAAGCAUCAUGCAGAUGUCUUUGUACUUCCUAAUAAAUUAUGCUAAACUUUUUUCUUAAAUUAUUUUUAAUAAUAAAUCUAAAUGGCAAUGAAUCAUAUGAUCAUCUCCAUGUUUAAGGAGACUUACUGUAGGGUAAGUAAAGUAUCAGGCUUUUCCGCCCUCCCGCUGUUAGGAUUGAUGAUGGAUCCCUGUGGUCCUGAAUGCAUGUCUGAUGGUGGGCAUCUGGAGUAAGGUGUGGGCAUACGUAGGUGGGUUCACCUGGGCUGAGAUGGGGCUUCUAAGGGUGGUGGUGUGAAAACAGACCACCAGAAGAGGCCAUGAGAGAAUGCCAGAGAGCCCAGGAAGAGUGAAAACUCGCUCCCCGUCCACUCCAUACCUCUGCCAUGUACCUGGCCAACUCAAUAAGAGCAUGAAAAAGCCACUGAGGGCUCCAGGACUCGUACUUCACCCGUCUGCUCAGAUCAUAGAGAUCCUACACACUGUCCUGUGUCUUCCUGCCACUAUACUUAUUAGCACUGAAGGUCAUUAAUUGUUAAUGAGAACGCUGAGAAAGAAUAGGCACUUUUGUUCACUCUACCCUGAAUUCAUGUUAAAUAGCUCAAGUAUUUUCAAUCAUUUUUCAUGUUUUUAUUUUCACAUCUGUUUUCUUCACCAAUUGUCUGCCCAAUUCUCUGCAAGGUAAUUUCUUUAAUAAAAACAUUUUGGAAGACUGAAGAAAUUAUG